AUGGACCCUAUUUCUGCGACAGGACUCGCAUACCCGAUCGCAAAAGAUCUCUACCGCUAUGCGAAGCGCCUGAAACGUGCAUACCACGAGAUCCAACAUGCAAAAGAGAGUCUCAAGAAAGUGAUCGAAAAAAUAGAGAUUGUAGCUGAAACUUAUAUGUUCUUCAAAGAUACCAUGGACGACGCGAAAAAGAUAAAAGAUAUGGCUCAAACGUUCAAAUUGCGCAGGAACCUCAUUCGAAAGGUCAAGUCAGAAGCAAAACAGAUCAUCGCGGAACUUAAAGCACUCACAAAUAUUUUUUCGCCCUUGCUACAAAAUAGCUCUAGGGAUUCAGUCCAGAAGUGGAUUACACAAUUUCAGUGGUAUAGGAAAGAGAAGAGCGCUGUAGUACCUCUUCUCAUGGACAUGCGGAUCCUUCAAGGCUCUAUGGAUCUGGUUGCAACUCUGGUGACCCUGCAAAUGCUGAAAAAUAGCUAUCAAAAUGCUGAAAGUGGACGAGACUCAAUCCAUAUGCAAAUAAAACACCUCAGAAGACUAACAGAGAUCGGGUUGAAGAAGCUCCAGGAGGAUGAAAAGGCUCAGAAAGAGAUUCUCAAGAAAAGAUUAACGACGGCAAAGCAGGAUGACAUGGCACUCAAUCUUGCCCUGCAGAUUAUCCGGAUUCUAGAGAAGGAAAUACCUGGACUGUACCGCAACCAGCCCCCUGAUAGUCAACCAACGCCAGUUCCUGCAACACCAUCGAGCUCAUCAGCGCCGCCUCAAAUUACACCUCGUACUUCGCCCUCUCUGGGUUCUCGCCCAGAUGUAAAAGGCCAGGUAUCACCGCCGCUGUCGCAUCAAACGGUUUGGGUCAUUGAUGAAAGCGAGCAAGAAGAAGGAAUGGAAGAUGCGCCUCCAGAACAGGGGCCAUAUGUUCGAAUGCCGCCGUUUGGUCCACCAGAGGCUGGCCCACGCCCGCGACGAGGCCGAAAGUCUCUGGAUCGUCCUACUCCAUCUAGCAGCGGAGAUGACCAGCUAGAAAAGAAUAGAGCGCGGAAUCAUCAAAACGAUUAUUCAAGACACAGGAAUAGAGAAUUAUACUCAGGGCACAAAUUACGAGCCGGUAGCCGGAUCUCUGUGUAUGGGAGCGAGGGCGAGGUCACCCCCACUCAUUUGAUGGGGUCCGCUGCGCUCCCACAGGGCUGGCAAAGACGCAAGGAAGAAUCGUAG